UUCUAUUCUUGUUGCAUCCCACGUACCUUAGACUCCCUAACUAUAAAUUCAGGUGGAAUCAGCCAGUGCUGUUAAGUUGCAGCCAUCUCUCUCUCUCUCUCUCUUACUGAACAUACUGAAAUUCUUGCACUUCUUGGGGGUUUCGUCGAAACAGUUGAGGUGAAAUGGCAAGGAAGAAGAUCAGAGAGUAUGAUUCCAAGAGAUUGUUGAAAGAGCACUUCAAGAGGAUUUCUGGGUCUGAGUUGGAGAUCAAAUCUGCCCAAGUCACCGAGUCUACUAAUCUCAACGAACUAGUAGAUAAGGAACCCUGGCUCUCAUCAACAAAGCUGGUCGUCAAACCAGAUAUGUUAUUUGGGAAGCGGGGGAAAAGUGGUCUUGUCGCUUUGAACCUUGAUUUGGCUGGAGUUGCUGCUUUUGUGAAGGAUCGGCUUGGCAAAGAGGUGGAGAUGGGAGGAUGCAGAGGGCCAAUUACGACGUUCAUUGUCGAACCAUUCGUUCCACAUAAAGAAGAAUUCUACCUGAACAUUGUCUCUGAUAGGCUUGGUUGUAGUAUCAGUUUCUCAGAGUGCGGAGGAAUUGAGAUUGAAGAAAACUGGGACAAGGUGAAGACAAUCUUUAUUCCAACAGGUGAAUCUUUCACAUCAGAGCUUUGUGCUCCACUUCUUGCAACCCUUCCCUUGGAGAUUAAGGGUGUUAUUGAGGAGUUCAUCAAAGCAGUCUAUGCUUUGUUUUUAGAUUUGGACUUCACUUUCCUUGAGAUGAAUCCUUUCACCUUGGUCGAUGGAAAGCCUUAUCCCUUGGAUAUGAGGGGCGAGCUUGACGACACUGCCGCAUUUAAGAACUUCAAAAAAUGGGGGAAUAUCGAAUUCCCAAUGCCAUUUGGAAGGGUAAUGAGUCCCACAGAAAGCUUUAUUCACGGACUUGAUGAAAAGACAAGUGCAUCUCUGAAGUUCACGGUCUUGAACCCCAAAGGGCGAAUUUGGACUAUGGUUGCUGGAGGAGGUGCAAGUGUCAUCUAUGCCGAUACUGUUGGAGAUCUUGGGUACGCUUCUGAGCUCGGGAACUAUGCAGAAUACAGUGGCGCUCCCAACGAAGAGGAGGUCUUGCAGUAUGCCAGAGUUGUGAUUGAUUGUGCAACUGCAGAGCCCGAUGGCCGUAAGAGAGCCCUCGUAAUAGGGGGAGGUAUAGCUAACUUCACUGAUGUGGCUGCUACAUUUAGUGGCAUCAUUCGAGCUCUCAAAGAGAAGGAGGCCAAACUCAAGGCAGCCAGAAUGCAUUUGUAUGUCAGAAGAGGAGGGCCAAAUUACCAAAAGGGUCUUGCAAGAAUGCGAACUCUUGCAGAAGAAAUCGGCAUCCCAAUUGAGGUUUAUGGACCUGAGGCAACCAUGACUGGGAUCUGCAAACAGGCUAUUGAGUGCAUCAGUGCAGCUGCUUGAAACUGCCAAAUGCUGAUUUUAUUACCUCUUUCGUUCCAUUUGAUUUCCACUAUAUGUAUUUAGUCUCAUGUUGUCCCAACAUGUUGAAGGAUUUUGUAUUGUAUUUUACCAGUCGAAGUCGAUCAAUCAACAGAAAUAACUACUUCAUGUGUUAGUUUUGCAUUUGACAUUAGUAAAACAAGCUCAUAAGUUGACACCAUUGACUUGAAUAUAUAACUGAUCA